AUGAUUGAUAAUUUGGUUUGUUAUUUCCCACCAUCAUUGAAUUUCCAAAGAAAUGAAGAAGGUUUUUGCAUUGCUGAACUUGAUACUGAUUUUGAAAUCAGGGAAAAUGAUGUCCAAUAUAUGAUAAUGUAUGAUCAAAUAGGAAAAUUCAAAGAAUAUAUUGCACAAAACCCAAUUCCUGAUAUCAAAGAAAUUGUAAAAUCUAGUAUUGUAGGAAAUAUUAUUGAUCAAUGCGCUUAUUAUGGUUCCGUUAACAUAUUCUAUUUUCUUCAUCAAACAUACAAUUUAAGCUCCAAUAGUACUCUCGAGAAUGCUAUUAUUGGACGCAAUGCCGACAUUAUUAAUGAAAGCUUAAAAGCUAGUUCCAUCAAUAAUCACUGUAUCCGGAAUGCUAUUGUAUCUCACAACAAUCAAUUCAUUGCUUACAUGUUUGAAAAAAAUUUGAUUAAUAUUAAUAAAAUCAAUCUUAAUGAUAUUAUGGAUGAUGAUGAAGUCAUUUAUUCGCAAAAUAUCAAAUCCAUGUUUCUGUUUUUCGAGAAAAAUAAGAAUUCUAUUGUUCCAUGGUGUUCUUCAUAUCCACUUAGUAUUGAAUUAAUUAAAAAUGAAGAACUGGAUUUUUCCAAGCUUGGUCGAUUUUAUAAGUCAAUUCUCUAUUAUAUUAUAUUAUAA